CACCUGCCGGGAAGUUUCUAGUAAUCCUGAAGACCUUGAUUAGCUGGUUCAGGUGUGUUUAACUAGGAUUAGAGCAGUGGCCCUCCAGGAAUUGAAUUGGACACCCCAAGGGAACUUAACCACCAGUACUUUCGAAAGGACAACAAAACGGCAGAAAACGGCAUAUUUCCAAGCAAUGUGCCAACAGAAGUAAUCGAGAGGAAGAUGAUGGAAGAUCCGCCGACUUUCUGGCUGAAUUCCUCCAGCUUGCACUGGACCAUUAUUAACAUCAACGAAACGAACUCUACCUCCUCGGACGUUUACGUCAUAAGCCUUCUCCUCUCCUGCAUCUACACCAUCCUGCUCUUCCCACUCGGCCUCAUGGGUAACAUCCUGAUCCUGCUGGUGAACUUUGACCCCCGGCAGCGGAUGAGCACGCCGGACCUGUACUUUACUAAUUUGGCCCUGGCCGACCUAGUGUUGGUUCUGGACUCACUUAUUGAAGUGUUCAACCUGAGCACGCACUAUUACGACGAUGCGGUCUUGUGCUCAUGCAUGGCGAUCUUCCUCCAGGUCAACAUGUACAGCAGUGUGUUUUCCCUCACAUGGAUGAGUUUGGACCGCUGCCUUGUGCUGACCGGCCUAAGAACGCGAGCACUACCUGAAAAUGCCUCCAUUUCGCAUUGUUCGCGCGUUGCACGCAGGGCUUGUGUGACCAUAUGGGCAGCAGCCACCUUGUGCACUCUGAUUCCAUUCGCUACUGUGCAUGUGCAUCACGGAUGGGGGCGUGGAUUCUGUUUUGCAGGCGUGGCUGAGGUGCAAUGGCUGGAAGUGACGCUGGGAUUCGCUUUGCCGUUUUGCGUGAUGGGCCUCUGCUACACUUUAAUCGCACGUGUGCUUUUGCGCUCUGAACGGCCACAGCGAACCAAAGCCCUGCGCAUGAUCGUUGCAGCCGUGAGCGUGUUUUUUGUGUGCUGGCUGCCAGAGAAUGUCUUUAUUAGCGUGCAUCUUUUAAACGGGGACACAGAUGCCUCACGGCGACGUGGAAACCAUAAUCUGUGGCAGCGCUAUCCACUUACCGGACACAUUGUGACCUUAGCGGCCUGCGCCAACAGCUGCCUGAACCCACUCGUCUACAGCCUGCUGGGAAACACCUUUAGACGGAAACUGCAGGUGUUUGUCGCGCACCACGUGCCAUGUCUGCAUAAGCAUAACACAAGAGCAACACCUCCCUGUCCAUGUGUAACAUGCACAAAUGCGCACCAUUCAUGCUCGCACGAGAAUAAGGAAGAAGAAGAACAUGACCUUCGAAGCGGCGAGGAGGGUCAAGAGUGUGUGUGUGACAGAGUGGGAUAAACAUGGUCAUGUUGUAUUGACACAGAACAAGUUCUUUGUUUUUGUU